CGUGACGUAGCACGCUUUACAUUUAGUUUACGACACGCUUCUUACCUCCUCGGUAAGUGGAGCGAAAUGUUUAACAAAAAGGUCCGAAGGAACUUUCGGCAGAGAAAAGAGAGCUCCAGUGAGGAAGAGGAGCAGCAAAAGAACAGCGGAGAUGGAGAGGAGACCGAGAAAGCUCCGGCUGUUGUCUUUAAACAGUCCAAAGUGGCCCAGAGCCGCGGGAUCUCUUGCAGCUCGAAACAGGAAUUGACGCCCCCGAAGCCGGACAGCAGUGAGGGAGAGGACGGGGAGACGCUGGAAGUGACAGCAGAAAAAGAAGAGAGAAGGAAAGACAAAAAUGGAGGGAAAAAGAAAACAAGUACCGUCCUCAGUUUCUCUGACGACAAAGAAGCUGAAGAACCAGUGUUUAAACUGAAGAAGUCCUCUGAUAAAGCAGUGCUGUUCCAAGUCAGGAGGAAGGAAGCUUCACCUGCUAAGACCACCCACAGCACAGCCCCAGCUGGUUUUCCCAGGCAAGGUUUCGACAGUCAGGCUUCACCACCUGGUCUUCACCAUAACGAUGAUGAUGAUGACGAUGGUGAUGAGGAUGAUCACAGCGACAGUGUUGACAAUGACAGUGAUGAAGGUGGUGUCGGAUCUCCUUCGGCUAGCUCAGACUCUAGUCACUCUACUGCCAAACCAGUAGUUAUCCCUAACGCUGAAGAGAUCCAGGCAGCCCGGAGGCAGCGUCGUGCCACCCGAGCCCAGAAAGAGUUCAUUCCCCUGGGUCGAGAUGGCCAGAGCUCUGCUGGUAGCACGCCAGAUCACUACAGCAGGGAUGAUGAAGAAGACAGAGCUGAUGAUGAUGAUGACGAGCCAGAUGAUCAUGAGAGAAGAAUUGAGUUCGCCCCACGAUUGAAGAGCAUCAGAGAGAGGAUAGCUGAGAAGCUUGGAGGAAGUGAUGACAGUUUGUCAGGGACUGAUGAAGAAGAGCAGGAACUUUGGGAGGAGACACAAAUUGGGAAGGGAGUCAAGAGAUGGCCAGGAGAACAGAGCCCAUCUGGCAGUGAAUCCAGCAGCUAUAGCAGCAGCAGCAGGCGAGACAAACAAAGACAAAAGAAGAGAUCGGCAGGGCCCAGAAUUCCAAAGACCCUUCCUCCCAUCAGCGUUUCAAUGGUCAAGAGGAGGAUUUCUGGAAAACUGGACUCCCUGAAGGAGGUGCACAGAGCACGGCAGGCAGAGCUGAGGAGGAUGGAGGGGGAUGUUGAAAGUGCUAAAACCUCACUGGAUGCUCUGGAGGAAAGUUCCUCAGAGAGCCAGCUGAAGUUUUACCGUAGCAUGACCCUCUAUGUGCACAACCUGGUGGAGUGUCUGCGGGAGAAGGUUGUUGAGAUCAACUCUUUGGAGCUGGAGCUUCACACUCUGCUGUCUGACCAGAUGGAGGCACUGUUGGCUCAGAGAAGACAGAAGGUCAAGGAGCAGGCUGAGAGCCUGCAGCAGCUCAGCUAUAGCACAGAUGAACAGAAUGGAAGCUCAGCCAGUGGAACAGAAACUCAAAGAGCGGCAGGCACUGCUGCUGAAGCGGAGGAAGACUUUGAUAUUCCUGAAGACACACAACCUUCAGCUGAAGAAGAAGAGCAGCUACAGAAGAAGAUGGCUGCUAUCCUGUUGAAGUCCCAGGCAGUGUUUUCUGACGUCCAGGACGGCUUCUCUGACGUUAAAAAGAUUCUGUCUCGGUUUGAAGAAUGGAGAGCAUCUUACUCUGACUCUUACCACAGUGCAUACAUCUCUCUGUGUCUGCCCAAGUUGUUGAACCCCAUUAUUAGGCAUCAGCUACUGGCGUGGAACCCACUAAAGGAUGCCAGUGGGGACUUUGAAAACCUCCCAUGGUUCACAGCAGUGGAGACCUUUUGUCAUGGACACGGCCAUGAGGAGCUUGACCACAUAGACAGACAGACACUGUCUAAUGCCAUAGAAAAGACUGUCCUACCCAAAAUAACUGCAUUCGUGGAGCUGGUGUGGGAUCCCAUGUCCCGCCAACAGUCAGUCUGUCUAACCGAUGUUUGUCACAGACUGAAGGAGGACUAUUCCAUCUUUGAAGGGGAGCAGAGUAAACCAGUCAAGGCAUUCAUAGAGGCUGUGGUCAGGAGACUGAGGAGCUGUGUAGAUGAUGACGUCUUCAUCCCUCUGUACCCCAAAAAGUUGCUAGAAGACAGGUCGUCUCCUCAGAGUCGCUUCAGGGAACAACAGUUCUGGACAGCCAUCAAACUACUAGGUAACAUGGGGAAAUGGGAUUUGCUGCUCCCUGAGACUGUAUUGAAGGAAGUGAUGCUGGACAAACUGCUCAACCGAUACCUGAUGAUCACUCUGUGCAGUCAGACUCAGUCCAACAAUACGGUCCUCACAUGCAAAAAGAUAGCAGAAAGUCUUCCGCUCUCAUGGUUCAAGGGAGAGAACCUUUGUUUGCCUCAGCUCCAGAAUUUUGAAAACCACCUCAUUCAGAAAGUUCAUACCAUCUGCAAACAACAGUCUCCUCAAGAUCCAAACACUAGGUCUGCUGUGGUUGAAGUGCUGCAGGUUCUGAGCAAACUCAGGUGCCAUAACUCUAUUAUGGCCAUAGCAGAGAAAUACCACUAUGAAGAUGUCAUCUACUCUCACCAGCUGCUCAACCAAGAGACAGUAUGAACAACAAAUGUCGUGGACUGUGGUGGAGCAUAAAGGUUAUGGCAACAAAUGGUGCAAAUUACUUGAUUAACCAAGGAAACAACCUAGACAAAUUAUGUGGGUACAAUAAACCCCCUUCCCACAGUUUUUAGUCAUGAACAUUUUGCUGUCUGUUUUGUACAGGAGAUAACUGUAUUUUUAUGAAUAAAUAUUUGUUAAUCUUUUGUUAAUAUAUCAGGAGUUUUAUUUUGAAUCAGUUCUUUGUCAUGUUUAAAGUUCAAGAACAACUGUAAGUAAAUAGAAGUAAAUAGAAUAUCAGCUUUGGCAGUUAACUGAGGAAAAUCAAAAAGCAGACCAUUACAAUAUAACUCUCCACACAGAUACAGCUCUGGAAUAUGGGCUGGCCAAACCAUAAUCGAGUCCACAGUAGGGGCUCAGGAAAUAAUAGAUUUCUGAAGCCAGCAUUUCUCUGGUUCCAUGACAAAUGAGCUGAACCACCAGUACAUUUGCUGGAAGGCUGAAAGUUAAUAAGCAGGAAGAUGGAGAUAAUAGAAAGACCAGAAUCGGUGCCAUCUUGCAGUGUGACCACACAUUUUGUGCAGGAAGAGCUGCUGAAAGGAGUCAUUCAGUCGAAAUGUGGACAUUUUCUCAGUGAUCUCUGUGUUUGGAAGCAGCUUGAAUAACUUCAACUUCAGAAAAGACAGUGACAUCACUCUGAACUAUUUUAAAUUAAGGAGUUUAAUCACAGUGCUUUAUAUUUAAAGGUAGGGAGUCUAUUACUGCCAAAAAUAUAUAUUUUUUAGCUAGUUUCAUUUCUCGUUUGUACAUUGGUAAGUUUUAUUAAUUUUAUUAAAGGAA